CUUAUAAUGACCUAGUUUGGCCACAAUUCGACCGACACAACCCGAACCCUCUCUCUCUCAUGUUUCUCACAAAGAUAAACGUUGUCGUUUGAUCCUCUGUCGCAGCACCAAUUCAAUUGAGAACAAUGUCAACCCCAUUAGAAAGAUACCAAAGACUUGCCCUAAGAGAGUCUCUACCUAUAAACUACAGAUAUCCAAUUGCUUGCAAAGAGCUAAGCUUUAUUCUCAGAGAAGCUUUUCAUCAAUUCCCAAAGAAUUUGCAAACCAUCGUUUUCCAAGAUACUCUCUCUGCCUUCCGUCUCCUCCCACAAAUGCAGACUGAGAAUGCUGUUUCAGCAGCCCAUUUACUCCUUCAAAGUGUAGAAGCGGCACUUCCGAAACAGAAGAAGAAUAUGGCUGUAACAGAAUUUAAGCAUGCAAUGGUUGCUCAUAAGAGGCGCGCUAAAGCUCACCAGGUAGAGGAAGGUUCAUUCCAACUACCACAAGAUAUUCUUGUACACAUUUUCAGUUUUCUAGAUAUGCAAUCUUUGGUCUCAGCGGGGAUAGUCAACUGGUCAUGGAACAUGGCUGCAAAUGAUAACCAUCUAUGGGAAUCACAGUAUUCUGUACUGUAUGACAGUAGUGAUACACAGCCCCCUAAGAGACCGGAUGAUAAGCUCAUACAUAAACCCCUCGAUACUAGAACGGUUCCUGACUGGAAAGAGGCUGUUAAAGGAGCAUACACUGGAGCAUUAUCCAAGAAAUUGACAACCAAUAGAGGAUACUGUGGACACUGCAAAGCUAUAGUUUGGUUAAACAAUUCAAAAUGCCCCAAUGUACAUGGAGGAACGAUAUCUGAAAUUCAUGAUACCAAACCUGUAAUGCGAUUCCAGGUUGUGGAAUACCUUCUAGAUGAUUCUCUAUCCAUACCAACUUCCUCAGACAGUGACAGUGAUUCUGAAGGAGGAUCCGUUUCUAAGUUAUGGGCAUAUCCCAAGCAUUUAAGAAACCUGUUGCAUUAAAUCAAAUCUAUGAUCAAUCUGUUCUUGUAUGAUAUUUCAGGUAGCCUACAGAUUCAUUUUUCAACUUCUAGCUGGUGUCCUUCACUAAGAUAAGAGCUGAUUGUAUUCUCUGGCAUCACAUGAAUUAGAUGAUUGUCAUUUUACAAAGUUCAAAUUUAGUUGACGAAUGUUAAUACAAAUGUUAGUGGAGGAGUUGAAUUAAGAACCCCUUAUCUUGUUGACCGACUCUUAUGCAAACCACUUUUGAUUUUUUGAUUUCAUCUCUGCCACUUGAUAUCUCGACUCGAUUAAGACAAAUUGGGGAGAAACGGGGGAGGAGUGUGUUAUUAGUUUACUGUGUAAAGCUUUUAGUAUUUGAUAAGAUUGUGUAAAGCUGUUAUAUGUGAACAUUAUUAUAGAUUAUUAGUGAAUGAUGUAGUGUGUGCUUGGAUUAAAGUUUGCAAGUAUACUUUUUAUUAAACUUAAUUAUGUGAAUGUAUUUUUUGUUGAAAGUUUGAUGUAACGAGGUUUUUGUUUAGAUA